AGUUGAUUGAGAAACGGAGGGAGUUGCGAUGGCGUAUUCGGGGUUCCACAUAAAGGCGGACUUAGUUGUGCCCCACCAAAACUCAACAAUUAACUUUCUUCCACCGACGUCACACUCCUAAGAACACAAUAACGCGAUCGACGCAGCAGCUUACAAGCUGUAUGCGCGCACAUAUCCACACAUCAUGGAGUCUAUCUCUCGAAUAUCCAACUUACUCGAGAGCGCUCGGGAGCUCACCCUCGACGCGGCUCAAGCCGCCCGGAGCUCUCGAAGCACCACACGAACAUUGCCCGUGCCACAAAUCAAGAAACUUCUAGACAGCCGAAAUGAUCGCGAAGUGCUCGACGGACUCCGGCGCGUCAUCUCUAUGAUGUAUCGCCAGCAAAAGACCUUACCCUUCUUCUCCUCUGUCGUCAAGAAUGUCGCGUCGCCGAACCUCGAAAUAAAGAAACUUGUAUACAUAUACCUCAUUCACCAUGCCGAACAGGAACCAGAUAUGGCCCUUUUAUCCAUUAAUACCAUCCAGAAAUCCUUGUCAGAUUCGAACCCGCAAGUACGAGCGCUCGCCCUACGCACCAUGUCCGGCAUCCGAGUCCCAGUCAUCAGUCAGAUCGUCUCGUUGGCUAUCAAAAAGGGCGUGGUUGACAUGUCUCCCCAUGUACGCAAAGCCGCUGCUCUUGCCAUACCGAAAUGCUAUCGUCUAGAACCGAGUACUCUACCGCAACUACUAGAAAACCUGACGACACUCCUAGGCGACAAGCAGUACUUUGUUGCAGGAGCUGCCGUUAGCGCUUUCAAUGAAAUAUGUCCCGACAGGGUGGAUUUGAUCCACAAGCAUUAUAGGAGUCUCGUUAAAAAGGUUGUCGACAUGGACGAAUGGAGCCAACUUGCGAUGCUAAAGAUGGUGACAAUCUAUGCACGAAAGUGCUUCCCAAGGCGGACUAGAAGUGCAAAGGCAAAUGACAAAUCAACAGAUCUCCAGGACUUCUACGGAGAUGCUUCACCGGAAUCUGCAUCGGAAGGGGAACAAGUGAUUGUCCUCGACCCUGAUCUUGUCUUAUUGCUUAACGGGAUCAAGCCACUUCUUCAGAGUAGGAACUCUGGAGUUGUGGUAGCUGUAGCCCGCUGCUAUAUGGACAUAGGUACUGCCGAAUAUACAAAAGCUGCAGUUGGUCCGUUAGUUGCUCUCCUACGGGGCGCGCAAGAUAUUCAACAAGUGGCCCUCUACAACAUAGUUUCCGUCUGUCUGGCACACCCGGAGUCUUUCGUCAGACAUGCGUCCCAUUUCCUCGUCCGCGCUACUGACACAGCCCCAGUGUGGGAAUUAAAGCUUGAAGUUCUCACACUGAUCUUCCCUCAUAGCCCCUUGCAUACAAAGAGCCUCAUACUCAACGAGCUCGAACACUUUGCUCGCGGGACGAAUAAAUCGCUUGUUCGCGAAGCAGUGCGAGCUAUUGGCCGCUGCGCGCAAGGUGAUCCUGCAACCGCAUCCCGGUGUAUGCGGCUUCUACUCGGACAAAUAACAAGUUUAGACGGCACGUUAGCGGCUGAGUCUCUGACAGUGAUUCGGCACCUUAUCCAACAAGAUCCUCAGGCACAUGUGGGGACCGUCGUGCGCUUAGCAAAGAAUCUAGAUUCCGCAACCGAUCCACAAGCGCGCGCAACUAUCAUCUGGCUCGUGGGCGAAUUCGCCGGUCUGAACGGCGAGGACAACAUCGCGGCCGACGUGCUGCGCAUACUUCUCAAGGAAUUCGCAGACGAGUCCGAGAUCGCCAAGCGGCAGAUCGUCCUGUUAGCCGCGAAAGUGUACUUACAUCACCUCAACCGAGUAACCGAAGUACAGAAGUCAGAUGAAGAGAACCAGGAGCCUCCUCCCAACUCAGAAGAUCAUCCCAUAGCCCGUCUAUGGAAUUACGUCCUUCUACUCGUCCGAUACGACACUUCGUACGAUUUGCGCGACCGCACGCGCUUGUACAAAGCACUGUUGAGUGUACCUCAACUCGCAACCCUCAUGCUGCUAGCUCCUAAACCGGCACCUCAGGCGCCCAGCCCGUCGGAGACGCGCCGGGGGUUCGCGCUAGGGUCCUCGGCGCUAGUCCUUGCGGGCGGUGGCGGUGUGCACGGGCUCCGCGGGUACGAAGCCCUACCAGACUGGGUCCCGGAGGGCCGCGAGCCGGACCCGAAGUUAAGAAACACGGAGGGUGUUAGGGACGAAUACACGGGCGAGAAGAGGGUCGUCCCCGCUGCGCAGAUGCUCGGCGACGGACGCAGAGGUGGGAAUAGGAGCAAUGGAUUAUCCGCGGCAGCGGCACCGGGGACGGGUGCAAAGACUUUGGAUGAUUGGCUUGCCGAGGACGAGAACGAGAACGAGGACGAGGAUGAUGAAGGAGAGGAGGGCGGGGAAGAGGAAGAAGAGAGCGAGGAGGACGAAGAGGAAGAGUCUGAGGAGGAAGAAUCUGAUGAUGAGGAGGAAGAAGAGAGCGACCAAGAAUCAGACGAUGCGAAAGCUGAGUUGGAAGGAUUUCUUAAUCGCUGACCUUAGACCUCUCUUCACUUCUCGUUAAGCGCAUAGGUCUUUGCGUUCUGGGUAUGAAUACGGCGAGGAUAGAAGCUACCUAUUAUGGCUGCAUUGGGACUAGCUGCUUAGAAUUGGAGCAUUGCCGGUGCAUUGGUUUGUGGCUGCUUUGCCUUGAUUAUGGAUAAUGAGGUAUCGUCAAAGCAUGAAAAUCGACUAUUUGAAUGAAGUGCUAUGGUGUUGAAGAUAUGUAUAGUACACACAAUAAAUUAAAAGUGGAUCGCCUGAGGAGGUUGUUUAGAAAAGGGUAUAUCCAUAUUCGUAAGUUAGGGAUGUCUCGGUUCUAUCUAUAAUGCGAAAACUCAACAUAAUAUCCAAACGUAUCUCCCCGUAGGUCGCUUGUUUAUGUUCAAGAAUAAUAGCUCGCUCGCUACCCG